AUGCAACUUAAUGCACAAAAUUUUGUUUCAGUUUGUUCUCUUUACUUGCCUCCAAAUAAACACAUUGAUCAACGAGAUUUAGACUAUUUGGUAGAACAGCUGCCUAAGCCCUUUAUCAUAAUAGGAGACUGUAAUGCUCAUACCGCGCUCUGCAGAAGUAAGGAUACAAAUCCUAGAGGCAGACAAAUAGAGCGAAUGAUUGAAGAUCACUGCCUCUGUCUUCUCAAUAAUGGACAAGAUAUUUACUUCCACAAGCCUACAAGAACCUUUCACACUAUUGAUCUUGCCAUCUGUUCACCAUCUCUUUUACCUUUUUGUUCAUUCAGUGAAGAGAAUGAUCCUUAUAAUAGCAAUCAUUUUCCAAUUUUUGUAACUCUCGCACAAGAAGAAAUAAAUCCCACAUUUAGAGCUCCUCAUUUCAUGUAUGAUAAAAUCUGA